AUGACAAACAAACGAAGAAAGAAUAUUAAUGGUGCGAGUGGUUCUGGAACAAAAAAUAAUGAUGUAGUCAGCAAAGUUGGCAACCAACGAUCUGUUGUUGACUUCAUCAGCUCUCUUCCGGAUGACAUUUUGACUAGAAUAAUUUCUAUGUUGUCGACGAAAGAAGCUUUGUCCCUGUGUAAUUCAAGCAGGAGAUUUAAGCAUCUGUCAACCACCAUACCAAAUGUUGAAAUAAGAGUAACUAUAAAUGGCUUUUUCUCUAAAUUUCAAUCUUUUUCGAGGUUCCUGGAAAACCAUGAUAGUGUGGUUGAAAAGUUUCAGCUGUCAAAUAGGACUGCUGGAAUCAUUUCUCAUGUAUUAGAAUGGCUCCGUUUGGUUGUUAAAGAUGGUAUUGAAGAGAUUGACCUUAAGUUUGAUUAUUCGGACUUGUGCCCCCAUAUCCCUGCAUCUCUUUUGACUGCCAAAACUCUGAAAGUGCUGAAGUUAAGAAGGUGUAUAGUUGAUGAUCUCUUAUCUAUCACUGGCUUAAAAUCGCUGAAAUCGCUUCUUCUUGAAGACAUGUACAUUUCUGAUGAUAUGAUUGGUCUACUUUGUUGCCAUUGUGAAUCACUUCAAGACCUGGCCAUCCAUAAAUGCACAGGGUUCGGGGAGAUUAAGAUUUUAAAUCCAAGGAGCAAGCUCGAAACAUUAAUACUGGAUCAUCCAUAUGAUGACGUUGAUCAUUUCAGGUUGAAUAUAUCAAGUUUAAAGACUCUUUUAAUUAGCAAUAGAAGAAUGAACUUCUCUUUUAUUAGUCGCCCGCAUAUUGAUGACCUGGUGUUAUGCCGAGGAGCAGAUCUUGGAAUCACCGAGGAAGAAUCGGAGAAUAUGAAGUGUUUGCCGGCAAAUAACUCAUCAGCGAAUAACUCACUGAAAAACCUGGAGGUGUUGGCUUUGGAAUUCGAUGUCGGCCUAUCUAAUCAAACCAAGCUUAAUAAUCUGAUCAGCCGUGCAAGGUGUCUGAAAACAUUGCUCAUAUCGAUUAAACAAAAAAACACUGCAGAAUAUCAUUCAAUCUAUACUGAUGGCAAGUUUGAGAGAGUGAUUAAAUAUUAUUGGGACCGCCAUUAUGGGCGGAUCAAGCCAACAGUUUACUUCGGAAAGAAUACUGUCCCUGUCAGCAGCAGUAAUCUCCAGAAUAUCAACAUCAAAGAUUUCUCAGGAACUCUAUACGAAGUAAGUUAUAUUAACUUUGUUCUGGCACACUUUCGGCACCUGAGGGUCUUUGAAGUCACUCCUGUUGAGGAAAUGGAGGAAGAGGAAAUCCUUGCCUAUGCCGAGCUCUUCUCAAUGUUUCCUAGGGUAUCUACAGAUGUAUACAUGCUGGUGGGGUCCGAAGAAGUCUGGAAGUCUGGUUGGGUACGGUAA